GCGCUGCCUGCUGCCGCCGCCGCCGCCGCCGCUGCCGCCCCAGUCCUUAGCUUCCCGGGGACAGGAAACCUUCGAGACCAAGCUGCCGCUGCCGCCUCCCCGUCUGCUCCUCGUACCGCGCGCCUGCCACACCCUCCUCCCGCUCUUGCAGCAUCUUUCGGUGGAGCCCUGCAGGAACUCGGCCCGGGCAGCUGUCUCCCUUUCCCGGGUAAAGCUGUGACCCCCCCCGCAGGAGCGGCGGGGCGGGGUGGGGGGGCCCGGGAGAAGAUGGCGACGCCGGGAAGCGAACCCCAACCUUUCGUCCCUGCCCUUUCGGUGGCUCCUCUGCACCCACAUCUUCAUCCCCACCACCACCACCACCAGCAGCAGCAGCAGCUCCACGGAGGAACCGGAGCCAGCGGCGGGCCCGGGGGAGGCGGCGGCGGCGGCGGCAGCGGGGGCUUCAACUUGCCCUUGAACCGGGGGCUGGAGCGCGCGCUGGAGGAAGCGGCCAACUCCGGGGGGUUGAACCUCAGUGCCAGGAAACUGAAGGAAUUUCCCAGGACUGCGGCCCCCGCGCACGACCUCUCGGACACCGUGCAGGCAGAUUUAUCUAAAAACAGACUGGUCGAAGUUCCAAUGGAAUUGUGCCAUUUCGUAUCACUGGAAAUUCUUAACCUGUAUCAUAAUUGUAUCAGAGUCAUUCCGGAAGCCAUCGUUAAUCUGCAGAUGCUGACUUACUUAAAUUUAAGUCGGAAUCAGCUGUCCGCCCUGCCGGCCUGCCUGUGUGGUCUGCCUCUCAAAGUCUUAAUCGCAAGUAACAACAAACUUGGAUCGCUGCCCGAAGAGAUAGGUCAGCUCAAACAGUUAAUGGAGUUGGACGUCAGCUGCAACGAGAUCACAGCCUUGCCUCAGCAGAUAGGACAGUUGAAAUCCUUACGAGAGCUGAAUGUCAGAAGAAAUUACCUUAAAGUUUUACCACAAGAACUAGUAGAUCUUCCCUUGGUAAAGUUUGACUUUUCCUGCAAUAAAGUGCUCGUGAUUCCCAUUUGUUUUAGAGAGAUGAAGCAGCUGCAAGUAUUACUGCUUGAGAAUAACCCUUUGCAGUCUCCUCCCGCGCAGAUUUGCACCAAGGGUAAAGUGCACAUAUUCAAGUAUCUGAGCAUCCAAGCAUGCCAGAUUAAGACAGCUGACUCCCUGUACCUCCACACCAUGGAGAGGCCACACUUACACCAGCACGUGGAGGACGGCAAGAAGGAUUCUGAUUCGGGAGUCGGAAGUGAUAAUGGAGACAAGCGGUUAUCUGCCACAGAGCCUUCUGAUGAAGACACCGUUAGCCUCAAUGUGCCAAUGUCCAAUAUCAUGGAAGAAGAGCAGAUCAAGGAGGACUCUUGCCAUCAUCACCUCAGCCCCGUUAAAGGGGAAUUUCAUCAGGAAUGUCAACCAGCGCCUUCCCUUGUGAGGGACGGUGACAACCCUGGAGAAGAAAGAGACCCAUUUCCACAUGAAACGGAUACCCUCCAUCCAGAAUUUAUAAACUAUAUUGAGGAGAGGGUUGAGACCCGCAUGGAAGUGUUACGGAUAGACGAGGACGUGCACUGGCUGUCCAGGGAGGAGCUCUGCAGAAUAAGUUCAUCCCCAAACCAGGAAAUGGAUAUAACAGUGAUCAAACAGCUGAGAGAAGCAGUGGAUUUUCUGCAAGAACCUGACAGGGUAAACGUAGAUGUUACAGAGAGAAGUGCUGCAAACUUUUAUCCUGUGGAAUCAGCAGAAGACUUGGAAUUACAAGACUCUGCACUAAAUGGUCAAAUACAGUUGGAGCCAUCUCCAGAAUGUGAGGUGCAAAAUAAUCUAACAUUACACAGGAAUGGGAACGAGUAUUCUCCCACUGAGAUGAGAGAGAACUCACCUGCCAUCUCUCCUACCAACACCAGCACUGCUCUGUUUGGCCUGAAGCCUCGAUCAGUGUUUGUAAGGCCACAGAGAAAUCUGGAAUCUAUAGAUCCGCAGUUUACGAUUCGGAGAAAAAUGGAACAGAUGAGAGAAGAGAAGGAACUGGUGGAACAGCUCCGAGAGAGCAUCGAGAUGAGACUCAAGGUCAGCCUGCAUGAAGACCUAGGGGCUGCCCUCAUGGAUGGGGUCGUCCUCUGCCAUCUGGUCAACCACAUCCGCCCACGAUCCGUUGCAAGCAUCCAUGUCCCCUCACCAGCAGUUCCUAAACUUAGCAUGGCCAAAUGCAGAAGAAACGUGGAAAACUUUUUGGAAGCAUGCCGAAAAUUAGGCGUACCAGAGGAAAAACUGUGUCUGCCCCAUCACAUCCUUGAAGAGAAAGGCCUGGUCAAAGUGGGCAUUACGGUUCAAGCAUUGCUAGACGUAGCUGUCACCAAGGCUCUUUUCACAUGAGACUAGCGGCUGUCCUUUGCGUCAGCUCAGAUGCUUCUCGGAUCAGGGACCCUGGACUCCACUCUUGGCACCCGUCCCCACCGCCCUCCCACGUCCUGCUUGUCGGUUCCCUGACUCGAGCUGAACUGAAGGGAGGGCUUAAGAGGAGACCCCGGCCCCCUUUCCUCCCCGACCUCCGAGGUCCAGACGUGGACAGGUAUUUACCUAAAACCUGGGAGGGGGCUGGUUGCGAAGACGCGCUCAGCACGCCGAUGCCUCUGCAGCCUCCUUCCUCUUCCGCGCUCACCCACUGCCAUCACCAAAACACCAAGCACAACCGUCCCGCCGCAAGGUGCAUUUGUUUUCUUGAAACCAAACGCGUUGCGUGGUUCGUGGGGUGGGGGGAGGGGCGGGGGGACUCCAUCAGGUUUGUUGCCACCAAAUUUUUCAAGAAGUUUCUUGAGACCAUUGCCUUUAAAAAACAACAACAAAAAACACACAACUAUUUUCGACAUAAAAAAUAUUUAUAUAAAUAUUAUUUAUUAGUGAGUUGUUAUUCAUCCUUUGGAUGCAAAUUGUAAAUUAGGAAACUAUUUUAUUACUGCUUUUUUGUGGUUAAACACUUUAUUUUAAUAUUAUAAAUAUUGAGUUAUUUUCUAUCCUCUUUGGUGUGCACAUAGACCUAGGUUUCCACUGUCAUGUUCUUUGCUGUCUAUGACUCAAAAAAAAAAAAAAAAAAAAGAAGCAAAAAAAAGGCACUUCUGUGACGAGAACUGUUUUCUGGGGAGGCAUUAUUUACACUUUGGUUUAUGCAACAUUGGUCUUAUUUAUAUUUCUGCAUUCCAUCCAGCUUCCUACAUUCCAGCAGCCCUUUUGUCCCCCUGAUAUAAUGAACUGACUGAAAUCAAGAGAGCACCCCAAAGUUAUGUGUCAAUAGCUGUGAUGGGAAAAAAAAAGACAUAUUAAACUUGAAGAUCAAAUGUGAACAAUCACCUUUUGGGGUUCAUCCUUAUUUUGCUAUGCACAGAACCUUCACAUUUUAACACACAGACGUAGCAAGUAUCGGCAGCAUGUGUCUUGUAUCAUUUUGCACUGUGACUUGGGUAAUGAAAAGUCUAGCACCAAAGGUAGAUACUAAGGAAGAGGCAGGGAAAGUGGAGAUGAGAAAAAGAUCACCGUUUAACCAAAAAGGUUUCUCGAGGACAGUUUUGGCUGAGUGUGAUCAGGAAUUAUCUUGGCACACAGGACCUGGGUCAGGAAACCAGUACUUCUCCCAUUGCCUAUUUCAAAAGAGGAAAUGAGGCAUUCCUGUUGCCCAGCAGGUUAAGAACCUGACCUAGUGUCCGUGAGGAUGCGGGUUUGAUCCCUGGCCUUGCUCAGUGGAUUAAGGAUCUUGCCACGUAGAACGCAGAUGGAGCUCAGAUCCAGCGUUGCUGUGGUGUAGACGGGGGGCUGCAGCUCUGAUUCCACCACUAGCCUGGAAACAUCCAUAUGCCUUGAGUGUGGCCAUAAAAAGAAAAAAGAGUUUGGCACACUCACCGUGUGAUAUAAGCACAUUUUCUUUUUUAAAAAAAGAAAAAAAAUUCUGAGAUGUAGACAUGCUUAUUUGAUUGCAGCUUAGUUGAUGGCUUUCAAAGAAGUCUGUAAAAAACACUGUAAGAUUUGCAGUGUCUGGUAUGAAAGCACAGAAGUGAGUCAGAAAAUUGGUGGUGCAGAUGCAUGCGACCCCAAGGUGGGCUCAGGAGAGGGUUAAGUAAGUAGCAUUCCUGAGGCUGAGUGGCCAGGAGGGAGCAAGAGCAAAUGAAAUAAGGACUGGAGAGGGAGUUCCCCUCAUGGCUCAGCGGUUAACGAACCCGACUAGGAUCCAUGAGGAUGCAGGUUCAUUUCCUGACCUUGCUUAGUGGGUUAAGGAUCCAGCGUUGCUGUGAGCUGUGGUGUAGGUCGCAGAUGCAGCUGGGAUCCUGCAUUGCUGUGGCUGUGGUGUAGGCUGAAAGCUGCGGCUCCCGUUCAACCCCUAGCCUGGAAACUUCCAUAUGCUGUAGGCAUAGCCCUGGGGGAAAAAAAAAAAAAAAAAAGACUAGAGAAAACCUAGCAGAGGAAAGGGAUCCGUGUUGGUCUGAGAGAGUUACACACACAACCUAUUUUAGGCAGUUCCGUGAGCCUUCGGCCACCCUGCAGUUAGAUUUCCCAGUAACUGCUCUUUCAAAGUCUAGUGAUUGCUGAUUGCAUCUUCGCCUUUGUGAAAAGCCAUUGUAAGUUUUAAGACAGGUCGUAAGACAGCUAUCCAAGUGAACACAGAAAAAAAGACAGGAGGACAGGAUGGAUUGAACACAGGCUUAGGGCAGCCAACGCCAAGGCUGCCCUCCGGCUGCCAGAGGGAGGGGUUCCUGAAAACAGUGGUUUGGGCUGGCAGCUAGCAAGUUACUCCUAUCAAAUGUACUGUGCACUUUAACCUAACUUAAACUAUAUUUUAAGAUUUUCCUGUACUGCACAAAUACCUGUUUUCUCAAAUAGCAGAAUGAUGUAAAGAAGAAAAACGUGUGAACAAGGAGCGUCUUGGAUGUAAGCCACAAAGGUGAUGACAGCAGUAGGAGUUUAGAUGACUGCACCUUGAUGGGCAUGGAGAAUGCAGGGUCCUGAAAGAUUUUUUUUUUUAAACCUGUGUAUAUAGCAACAUGAAGCUCUGUAAUCCUUGUUUUCAGAGAUUUUUUUUCAAAAUUAAAGUAUUUCUUUUGAUAUGAA